AUGGGUAUCCAACGCUGUGUCCAGGCGCCGCGUGCCGGUUCUUCAAUCGCUAUUAACCCACUGGUUCAAGAGUUUGGCCCUCUUCAGGUACUCGAUGACUUGAUUCUCUUACGAGCAGCCGAUGUUGUUCAACGGCCAAUUCUGGCCUAUCCUAGUUCCGACAAAGAUGCCGCUUCAUAUGACUACUACACUGGGCGAGACUUGGACGACUUGAUCAAUCAGGCCAUCACAGCUCUAAUGGAAGAUGGAUUCAAACAGCCCAAACAAAAUGGAUCGACGGUGGCACUCCUCACGUUGUCGGAUCUCAGCAUGGUUAUCACCUUUUUCGCCCUUAGUCGGCUGGGUUAUACCGUGAUGAUGCUUUCGCCGAGAUUAUCGGGCGAAGCUUGUGUAUCUUUACUAGAAAAUGUUGGCUGUGAGACGAUCAUAUAUGGCAAGUCUGUCAAUAUCCGUUCAACAUUGGGUGACAUCCUGCGCCGGAUGUCAGUGAGUUGUCGUCCAAUCCUUUCAUGUUGUUUGAUCAGUAAAACAGAGCCUUCAUCGCUUGUUUUACAUCGCAAUCGAAAUCCCGAGAAGAUCGCUCUCAUCCUUCAUUCCUCGGGAUCAACAGGUACACCAAAGCCUCUAUUCCUCACUCAUAAGGCUCUCAUGACCCACCCUCUGAGAGGCCCUGGACUCACAUCUUUCAAUCCUCUACCGUGGUAUCAUCUUCAUGGUCUCUCUACAGCAUUGCAGGCGAUGUGGAUGAGAAAGACUGCCUAUAUGUGGAAUGCCGCGUUGCCGUUGACAGCCGAGUAUGCGGUUGCUGCUCUUGAAGAAGCUCAGCCCGAGUCUUUAGCGGCAGUUCCUUAUAUGCUACAAAUUUUGAUUGACAAUCCGCGCGGUAUCCAAGCACUGAGGGAGUGCCAACUAGUCACUUAUGGGGGUGCGCCCUGUCCUGAUGAAUUAGGAGAUCACUUGGUUAGCGAAGGAGUGCACUUUGGAGGUUCGUUUGGCCUUGGUAGUACAGAGGCUGGGCUUGUCGCUGAAUCCAUCUCCCGACCAAAAGGAGACCCCUAUUGGAAUUAUUUACGAUUUUUCGAUAACAUCAGACCCUACAUUUGGAUGAAACCAAUUUCGGAUUCUGACUCACUCUAUGAAUGCGUUUAUCUUGCUGGUCAUCCGGCUCUCACAACUUCAAAUUCGAAUCAGCCACCUGGAUCCUUCCACUCCAAAGAUGUCUUCACGCCUCAUCCCACCAUCCCAGGUCGAUGGAAGUACAUGACAAGGCUCGAUGAUCGCAUCAAUCUAGUAAAUGGGGAAAAGAUUUUACCACUCCCCAUUGAAGGUCGGAUCAAGCAACACCGCCUUGUUCUUGACGCUGUCCUUGUUGGGGUAGGAAAGGUUGCCCCUGGGUUACUGAUUGUGCAAGCCGACUUACCUGAGGUAAAGCAGCUGUCCGAGUCCCAGUACUUGGAUUCAAUCUGGCAAGCGGUUCAAGAAGCCAAUUCUCAGUCAGAGGACUUCUCUCAAAUUUCCCGCGAUCUGAUUACCGUAUUGCCUUAUGAUGCAAAGUUCCCGCGGACAGACAAAGGCUCUAUGAUACGAGCCCAAGUAUACGAGCAAUACAGUGAUCUCAUUGAAAAUCUAUACUCCAAAGAGAAUACCGUCGCUGGGAGUAUUCAGCUUGAUGCUGAUGAGACAGAGUUCGUUCUUCUCCGACUGGCGAGAGAAGAACUUCAAAUGGCGAUAUCAGAUGUAGAUGCCAAUUUCUUCUCCGAAGGAGUCGACAGUCUCAAGGCAAUUCACUUCCGGCGUCUCAUUCUUCAACAUUUCAGUUUUGACCAGAAUCAAACCCCCGGUCCAAACAUUAUCUUCGAGGCCGGAAGCAUAUCAAAACUGGCUCAAUAUAUCUGCAGGUUACAAAAUGGAGAUGAAAUGACAGUGGCUGGGGAUGAGACAUCGCGGAUCACCAAUCUUAUCGAAAAGUACUCCGUGUUUGAAAAACAUAUACCGCGAUCACCUCACUUUUCGGACUCAAGCAGUGUGCUAUUAACAGGAGCAACUGGCUCGAUUGGAGCCCAUGUUUUGUUUGAGUUGCUGAAUGACGAUGCCGUUUCUACUAUCUACUGUCUCACACGACGAGAAUCUCCUUUGGAGGCGGUAUUGAACAGUCUUGCCAACAAAGAUCUCUUUGUUUCCCCUGAACAAUUGACGAAAAUUGUCGCCCUCAAUAGCUGCCUCGACCAACCAGACUUCGGCUUGGCUUUGGAUAAUUUGAUGGUCAAACACAUGCUUGACUCCGUGUCCCUGAUCAUUCAUACCGCGUGGCCUGUCAACUUCAAUCUCCCUUUGUCGGAGUUCGAAUCACAUAUCCAAGGGCUGCAUAAUUUAAUUCAAUUCUCCCUGUCUGUGCAUCGUCGCGAGCCUGCCAUCAUGAUGUUCUGCUCUUCAAUCUCCACGGCUUUAGCUUGUUCGUCUGUUGAUGUCCCUGAAGAGCCAGUUGACCUGGCCUAUGCCUUAGAUGGGUACGGCCAGUCAAAGGCGAUCGGAGAGCACAUUGUGAGCCAUGCACGACAAAGUGGAGCAAGAGCAUACUCGCUUCGCAUCGGCCAGGUUUCGGGUCAUUCAAAAAAAGGCCUUUGGAAUGACUCUGAGGCAUUGCCAUUGAUGAUCAGGUCAGUGCUGACACUUGGUGCACUGCCAGAGUUAUCUCAGACGUGUUCUUGGCUUCCUGUGGACACACUCGCUUCAGCGAUACUAGACCUUGCCAAGUCUUGUGAUGUACCAUGUGAGCGCGGAAAUAGUACCACAUCCAGUUCGUUAUCGGCGAGAUAUGUUGACGGCUCGAUCUUCAAUUUGUGUAACCCGAGCGAAUUUGCCUGGUCAUCUUUGCUGGCCACAUUGAAGCACGCUGGUUUUCAGUUUGACACCAUUCCUUUUCAAUCUUGGCUGGAAAGAUUGCGCGAAAGCGAAGCGAAGGGUGAGGAGGCUGUGAAUCCAGCAGUCAAGCUCAUUCAUCACUACGAGGCAAUGUGUGGGAGGGAAUCUUCUCCGGCACACAACGGGCCGAGAAAGUUUCUCACAGAGGAAGCAGAAAGAAGAAGUGUGACUUUGCGCAACGGGCGAUUGAGAAUCAUUGAAGAUGGAAUUAUGAGAUGUUAUGCUGAAGAUUGGUUAUCGAGAUGGACAGUGACAUGA